UAAGACUGCAACGUUGCUAGUAUUGAUUUUUCGUAGUACAACAACAGCUCCUAAGCAAAUUUUUCUUCUAUCUAAGUAUAUUGCUUGCCGGUUGUGCUUGAUGUACCUAUUGUAUAGAUGAGCGAUCUAAAUCCUUUAGCUACGAUAUUUGUUCCAGGGCUCGGGGGAGCGUGGAUCCCCGGACCCCUUUUGGAGGCGUCUGCCGGGGGUGGCAGGCUUCCAAAGGGGUCCAAGGGACCUCCUCCGCCGCCUUCCAGCUGCCUCCGUGUACCCUACAGGCCCUCAACGUGCUGGCCCCUCGCCGCAGCAGCAGUGUGCCGGGCGUGGAAGGCCUCCGAAGGCGGCAAAAGGCGCAAGGCUGAACCCCCCGAGCCGUGUGGCCUGUACCCUCCGGGCCCUUGGUCUUCGGCUUGCUGGCUUUUGCCGCGCAUUUGCUGA